AUGUUAAAUAAGAAAACGUUGACGUUGAAGAUGAACAAGUCGCUUUGCGACGACUCCGCUCCCUUGACUCCGGUCGACCAGACACUAAGGACUCCCGUGGACCCGCCAAACCACCAGUCCUACUUCCCCAACGGCUCCUUCUAUACCCAUCCUAGCCAUGCUGAAUCUGAUGAUAUCCUUACUGACGUGGACGAGCCGCCUUCCACGGGCCGCCUGUUGAAAAACUACUCCCUUACGUUUACCCCGGUGUUUGACCAGCUCGUGCUAAGUAUCUACCUGGAAAUCUUGCUGCUCCCGACAACGACGCCCUUUCUGGGCUCUGUGCCUCCGCUGGGCCUUGUAUCCCGUGUGGCCAACGAAACCAUGCUUAGUCUUCUAAAAAACGCGUCAGACUCUCCUGUUUAUGAUACCCAAUGUGUGCUUAGCCCAGAUUUCCUCAAGAACCACUCAUACCAGCCUAUCAUCUUGCAACUCAUUCGUAAACGGUUCAUUGACUUGUGUUCGGCCCAGAAACUGUCCUCCUCCCAGCCUGUCAAUCUCCCGGCUUGUACAUCGGUCCAGGUUCCUGCUCCAACUGGCUCCUCUUGGAAUAACCCUAAUCCCUCCAACGGUGCCAAUAGCAUAUAUACCGCUCCUGGCAUGCGCCAGCUGUCUAUCCUGAACUUGCUGUUGAACGAGCAGAAUGUGGCUUCUUACCAGCAGCAACCUACCCUGGUGGCUCAGGCUGCUGCCCUCUCAAGGCUGCGCUCGUCAUCCUUGAACUUGAGAAAGCAUUCCCUUACUAGAAAUAAUUCUUACAAUGGUUCGAACUGGUUGCAUGUUGGAAACUUGCUGAAUAUCCGCCCAAACGCCAACUUGGGCAUGCAUUCGGACCAGGCCAAUUCCACAGACUCUCUCCAGCUGAUGCACGAUUUUGUGCCUAGAGCAUUCAUUCAGCGUAAUCCGCUGUCUCUGCAUCAAAAUCAAAACGCUGGGCUAGGUCCUGCUCCUGGUGGGUUCAACGCCAUGAUGCUAGAUUACCAGACGCCGCCUAGCUCUUCAAAAAGCUCCUUUUCUCUGGGAAGUACGCCAAACAAUUCGUACUCAAAUAGCUACGGCAACAACUUGCAACCCACUCCAGGCUCUGCAGGUUCUGGCUCCGAGAUGGACGAAACUGACCUGGAACCACUGCGUUCUCGCUCUUCCAGUCGUGGCAACGGCCUCAACGGUUCGUUCCCUCGUCCUCUCACCAUCAACACGGACUCGUGCAAUUUCCUUCAAAACAUGAACAUGCAUAUCCCCGGUGGAUAUUCUGGUCCUGGCCAGAAUUUCUUUGGAAAUGGCGAGGCUCUCAACUCGCCAUUCCUCUCGGCCACUACGCCAUCUGAAGAGCAUGGCUACUUUGUGGGCCACCCUCUGUCCAACGGAAUCGGAAGCACACUGCCUAGCACUGGCGGCUUACGCGGUGGGCCAUUGAUUCCAGAGAGUCCCGUUAAGGAGCCUGCCAUGGCUAAUGGCAACAACAAAAUCAAUUUGCCAGGACAGUUCAGUCUUAGUGAAAAGAAGCGCGAUUCCUUGAAGAUGAAGAGAGGUAUUCACUGA